CGAGGUCACUUGAUGCGUUUAUACAGUUUUCGUGUUACACGAUGAAACGUCAGCCUCCUAGUGUGAUAGUCGAAACGUCUAAAUCUAAGAUGCGCCAAACGACCUUGGUCCCCACCGAGAAUCUUUCACAGUCAAUAAAUGAAGAAUUGUGGGAAAAUACCGUCUCUCUGCUAGUAUAUACACAUCCCAAGUGUGAACCCAGCAGCAAAAUUUUGGGCUUAGAUAUGGACGGAACAAUCAUUGUUCCAUCUUCAGGAAAAGUUUUUCCAAAAGACUACAAAGAUUGGAAAUUGAUCAACGACAAUGUUAUCCCUAAGCUCAAGGAAUAUUUUGAUAGAGGAUAUAAAAUUGUGCUGUUCUCUAAUCAAAAAGGUAUAACAAAAGGCUACCAAGAUAUACCUAGUUUCAAGUUAAAAAUACAAAAUAUUGUGGAUAAAUUAAACAUGCCAAUCCAAGGUUUGUUUUCUAUCUUGGAUGAUAGAAACCGCAAACCUCUCACCGGAAUGUGGGAUUUUCUUAAUGACAAAGGUAAUGCUGGAAUCCCGAUUGAUUUGCCCGCAUCCUUGUAUUGUGGCGAUGCUGCUGGUCGUCCAGCUUCUGGAAAACGUAAGAAAGAUCAUUCAUGUGCUGAUCGUUUAUUUGCCCAAAAUGUUGGAAUUCGCUUUCUAACACCAGAACAACUAUGGUUUGACCAAUUAGAUACAGAGAAAUUUGAGAUGCCUAAAUUCAAUCCAACUGAAUUGUUAACUAAUCACGAUGUACAAAAUAGUGAAUUGCCAAUAAUUGAUCGACCAAACAAAUCAGAGCUUAUUUUAAUGGUAGGAUAUCCUGCGUCUGGUAAAUCGCACUUUUGUAGUCGAGUGUUGGCACCGUUAGGUUAUGAAGUAAUUAGUAGGGAUAAUGUUGGUACAUGGCAAAAAUGUGUACAAGCUGUUGAACAAGCUAUAUCUAAAAGUCUUCCAGUUGUAGUCGACAAUACAAAUAUGGAUUUAGAGUCACGAUCACGUUAUAUUAAAAUUGCUAAAGUAUGGGAUAUACCAGUGAAAUGUUUUAUCAUGGAGACAUCUAUGGAACAUGCUCAACAUAAUGAACGUGUAAGACUAUUCAGUUAUUUGGGUUUUUUAUGUAAAUGAUUGUGGCGAAGGCAAGAUAUCCGUCUUCCAAUCAAAAGACGAGUUUACUCAGCAACAGUCUGCUCCGUUCUACUUUAUUGAUGUGAAACAUGGCCAUUAUGAAUCGAGGAUAUUCGUAGGUUACUGAUUUUCGAUCGUAGGUGUCUCCGAAAACUAGAAGACUUAUCAGUUAAAACGUUUUUACGUCUUUAUUUCACUAAUUUAUGUUUUAUCCCCGAAUUGUGUUUUCAGUGCUUGAUAGUGCAACUACCUCUUCUAUUGUGGGACUUGGGUUGACAAUUUCAUCUCUCUGUGCUAAUGAGAUAUUGCAAUUUUAACCGAAGUACAUAAGUACCUGUUUCUACGUUAUGACUUACUGAUAAACGAUUGACAAGUAAAUAAGUAUCAAAAAUAGAGUUAAGGGAAUUUUCAUCUAUUGUGAUUACUUUUGAUUGUGUUUUAUUCUCAUUAGAACCUUCAAAUAUGUAGAUGGUCACGUAAAUGAAUCAUUAAGUUAUAGAGUUUACCAUUGGGAUCACUUUCCUUCAACAACACUAACAGAUUUCCCCUUAGCAAUCGUGCCCACUAAUGAUACUGAGACUGAUUGGUUUACGUAUAAGACUAUUCAGUUAUCUGGGUUUUUUAUGUAAAUGAUUGUGGCGUAGGCAAGAUAUCCGUCUUCCAAUCAAAAGACGAGUUUACUCAGCAACAGUCUGCUCCGUUCUACUUUAUUGAUGUGAAACAUGGCCAUUAUGAAUCGAGGAUAUUCGUAGGUUACUGAUUUUCGAUCGUAGGUGUCUCCGAAAACUAGAAGACUUAUCAGUUAAAACGUUUUUACGUCUUUAUUUCACUAAUUUAUGUUUUAUCCCCGAAUUGUGUUUUCAGUGCUUGAUAGUGCAACUACCUCUUCUAUUGUGGGACUUGGGUUGACAAUUUCAUCUCUCUGUGCUAAUGAGAUAUUGCAAUUUUAACCGAAGUACAUAAGUACCUGUUUCUACGUUAUGACUUACUGAUAAACGAUUGACAAGUAAAUAAGUAUCAAAAAUAGAGUUAAGGGAAUUUUCAUCUAUUGUGAUUACUUUUGAUUGUGUUUUAUUCUCAUUAGAACCUUCAAAUAUGUAGAUGGUCACGUAAAUGAAUCAUUAAGUUAUAGAGUUUACCAUUGGGAUCACUUUCCUUCAACAACACUAACAGAUUUCCCCUUAUCAAUCGUGCCCACUAAUGAUACUGAGACUGAUUGGUUUACGUAACUUUUUUUUGCCCCCAGCCAGCUCAAAAUACAAGAAAAACUAAUGGAUUUACAUCCCACUAUUAUAUUGUUUCAUGAUGGCAUAAAGCAGUUACAAGGCCAAGCACAUCGUAAAUGGGAAAUUACAGUGUAUUACUAGAUUAUUUGUGGUGGAAAGUUUUUGAAUUAUUUAGCUACAUAGCUUUAAUUGUCAUUCUGGAUAACGUCAUCACAGCCCUCACAUGCACAAUGUGGUUCAGAGUUGAGUACACGAAUUUGUAUUUGUUAAAUGAAUUUCAUCAAAAUAAAUCAUAACGUAUAGUGGCAAACUGUCGAUGGUUUUUCAAAUAUUACAUUUAUCUGAAAUAUACAAUUAAUGCUAGUUUUCACGUCCUCUUUACAUUAUUUCUUUUGAUUAUUCCAUAGUUUCGCGCUCUAACAAACUCAUCGCAUAAACCAAUCAGUCAAAUGGUUUACAACAUGAUGAAGCAAGUUUUUAUCAAAUUCAUCUUUAUCAUUGGUUUCACUUAAUCUAAACAUUGUUUACACUAAAAUUUGCAGAUAUUUUGAACUCUUAGUUGUUUUGUAAGGGACUUUCGAUUAAGUGGCUAUAACAGUGGACUACAGAAAGCUGAGUUGGUUGUUUGCCAGAGUUUUUUUUAUUCCCACACUUGGGGAGAACUUUCACAUAACUAUCGUUCAUUUUGUAUCAAGGAAUCCCUUACUAGAACGAAACAGUUAUCUCUGAUUUUCAAUAUAUCUGAAAUGAGAUCAGUUUAUAUUAAAUACAACUUAUAAAUUAAAUUUCCAUAAAACUCCUUUCAAGUAAACCGUCAAUUAAUUAAAAAUGUUGACUUUCUGUGGAAAAUUUAAUUCAUUUUACUAAAAAUACAUGUUAUCACACCUUUAUGCUAUUCAUUGAAAUGAAUGAUAUUUUAUAUUGUCUUUAUGCUUGAUCUAAUGGAUCUUAAUGUGGUUUAGUCAUUGAACAUGGAAUAAGUGUCCAUCGUUCUUAUUCCCUACAAAAAUUCUAGUCCUAUUUGAGAUGGGUGCUCAAUCGAUACAUCCCACAUGUCCAAAUUGUAAAGGUUUAUCACAUGUGAAACCUAAAAUAGAAUGUGUAUCAUCAUUAAUGUUUUCGCCAACCUAGAGGAAUAACUGUGUUAUUCAAGAAAAUGCCACACGGGUAGUUGUUUAGACGUUAUCACUGUCAAUGGGAAUAAGAGUGUUACUAUCAGUAGCAACCUUUCCAGUAAUUUUUUGUAUAUAGAUCUUUCGAAGCAUUGUUCAUGUACAGUACAACCACUGAUUGAGCAGUGGUAAUUGACUAGCGUACAGUACUAACUAAUGACUGUAUGUUAGUUUACGAUGUUUUAAACUUCCACGAUCUGAAGCAAUGAAUGCAUACGUGCAUAUCGCCUUCCUCAAUAAUCUAUGCUCGAUUACAUAGUAGGUAGGUCUGAAAAAUUCAUUAAUUUCAAGACAAAACAGAAUGUCACUGAUUACUGAUCCUAAUUGCGUUAUGAUUUAUUUGUUUUCUGUUAAACAUUAACAAGUUAAUUGUUACCUGUAGUUGAAUACUUCAAGUGAUACAGCUCCCAAAUUGAUCUUAUUGAUUCAAACUAAACCACUGUAUACUCAUUUUUAUCUUGUGCAUUGUAUCGUUUUUCCAAUUGUUUUCCUCCUCAAAUUUUUAAUAUUGUCAGCAUUAUAGUUUUACUUCUCAUUACUAGAUCCUCUUUUCAGUUCGAUAUGUAUGAAAUACUUGAUUCAAUAUGCAUUCAUGUUCUUCUGUCUCCUACUUAUUUAUUAUUGAUUGCUUUAAUCAAAUAGGAUACUUAGC